AUGACGAUCGAGACGUCCAAGCUUAGUGUCCUGCACGGCCCCCUCCAGCCCAACACCCGCGCGGGGGACGCGUCCCACCCGACAGGGUUCUACCGCGACGGCUACUGCUGGGGCUCAGAAGACGACGAUGGCAAGCACUUUGUCGCCGGUGUGGUGACCAAGGAGUUUCUCGACUUUAGCAAGGCCAGGGGACUGGGGAACACUGCAAAGGAACAGGCCGCGAGGGACUCGCUCACUGGCGACCUGAUACCCAUGCCCUGGUGCGGUGGUACUGUGCUGCCGCGAGUCCCGUACCGGUCACGCGACCCGGCAACCAAAACCAAAAGCUUGCUGCAAUCUGACAUUCAGGCAACGACCUCUCGUCUCCACGCCCAGGGUUCGAGGGGCUAA